AUGGAGUAUACACGUGAAAUCAGAAGCCCAGAAUUGGACCUCGAUGCCAUUCCAACUCUGACGGGAAAGGUUGCUAUCGUCACGGGAGCCUAUGCUCCUUCCUCCAUCGGCAUCAAUGUCGUUGAGCAGCUCGCCUUGAAAGGUGCUAAGGUCUACAUCGGUGCUCGCAGCCUCGAAAAGGCACAGAGCGCCAUUACUGAACUCACCAAGACCAUUCCCUCCGCGAAUCUGAAGCCCCUUGUUAUGGACCUGAACGACCUCAAGCAAGUCAAGGCUGUGGCCCAGGCGUUCGUGAACGAAGAAUCCAGGCUCGAUAUAUUGGUGAACAAUGCUGGACUAUUAGCUCGGCCACUGGACAAGAACGAGCAAGGCAUUUCUGUCUCUUUCAAUACCAAUCACCUUGGCCCAUUUCUUUUCACGCUUACACUUCUGCCGCUUUUGAAAAAGACGGCGGAGUCCUACCCAGGCGUGCGAGUCGUCAACAUGUCCUCAACUACGCACUUCCUUGUACCUGCCGGGUUCAAGUUUGACACUCCCGAGUCGUUCAACGCGGAUCUCGGUGGGACGGACGACCCGAAGUCGAACAUCGCUCGCUACGGACUAUCGAAGCUAGCGAAUAUCCUUUUCACGAAGGAACUUCAAAGGCGAUUUGAUGCGGAGGGUGUUGCGGCGGUGGCCAUUUCUGUGCAUCCCGGCGGAGUCAAAACGCCUGGAUCGAUUAAUUUCGUUGGUCCCGCUAAUGUGGCCAUGCUGGACGGGUCUAUGACACCCCUCCAGGGCGCGAUGACUCCGCUCUUUGCUUCCACGAUGCCUGUCGUUUGGGAGAAGAAGACGGAAUACGCGGGAAAGCAUUUGACGCCGUACGGAUACAUAUCGGAGGAUCGGCUGAGCGAUAACGCGAAGGAUCCGGAGUUGGCGAAGAGCCUGUGGUCUACGAGUGAGACGGUUAUCGCGGAUGUUUUGGCGAAGUGAGAUCUAUGUAACGGAAAUAGCAGUAUGGAGGUAACGAAUGUCAAGCUUCUCGCCGAACGACGGUAAGACCGUGCCAAAUUUGCAUACUUA